UCAGCUGGUCUGCGAAUUUUGACAGGCCGACAACUCUAGAAGAUUUUGUUGAUUUCUCCUUGGGAUUCUUAAAUCUCCUGGACAUGUGCCCAAAUUAAAUAGGAUGCAGCGUGACAGGGACUCCUCCGGCUCCUACGCCCGCAAGGGCAACCGUCCCCCGGGUCUCAGGGGCAAGGACAUCGGCCUCUACUACCGCAAUCUUGCCCGGCAGCGAAAGAAGGAACGCGGCGAGGAUGAGGAGCCGCAAAUCCGCCUGGGCUGCAAUGUCAGCGUUCCCGGUGGCGUCCUCGCGCGCGUCAAGGAGUUCAUGGCGGACUACAGCCGAGCACCGGCCAGGGAAAACCGCGAUGUGGACGCCCAGUUCAAGCAGCAGUUCCGGCAUCUUUUGAGCGUAAACUUUGAGGAAUUCGUGGCGGAGACCAAGGAGAAGAACGAGGGCCUGGACUACGUCAAUUCCAAGCUGGACGAGAAGUUGCAGCAGGAGCUGGAGCAACGGCAGCUGGAGGAGAGUGCCAAGAAACGUCUGGCGGCGCGACAAAAGCUUCCCACCAUGAAAUACGCCGAGGAAAUUGUCCAGGCAGUGCGGCAAAACCAGGUUAUCCUGAUUGUGGGCAGCACUGGAUGUGGCAAGACCACGCAGGUGCCUCAAAUCCUCCUGGACGACGCCAUUUCCCGGGGCUGCGCCUCGUCGUGCCGCAUCGUCUGCACGCAGCCACGAAGGAUCUCGGCCAUAACCAUUGCCGAGUGGGUUAGUUACGAGCGCAGCGAAAGUCUGGGCAACUCGGUGGGCUACCAGAUCCGGCUGGAGAGCAGGAAGCCCCGCGACAGAGCCUCCAUAACGUACUGCACCACGGGAGUUCUGCUGCAGCAGCUGCAAUCGGAUCCACUGAUGCACAAUCUAAGCGUCUUGAUCUUGGACGAAAUCCACGAACGUAGCGUGGAAACUGAUCUAUUGAUGGGGCUGCUCAAGGUCAUCCUGCCGCAUAGACCCGAACUGAAGGUGAUCCUGAUGAGCGCCACUGUGCGGGAGCAGGAUUUCUGCGACUACUUCGACAACUGCCCCAUGUUCCGCAUCGAAGGCGUGAUGUUUCCCGUGCAAAUGCUCUAUCUGGAGGACGUCCUGGCCAGGACGAACUACGAGUUUCAGAAGUCACGCGAUCGUCGUCCCAAGCGGGAUCGCCCUGAGCGUCGGAUGAAGCAUGAGGCGAUGAUAGAGCCUUACCUGCGGCGCAUCAGGAACUCCUACGAUAGCCGGGUGCUCAAGAAGUUGCGUCUGCCGGAAUCGGAGGGCUGCGAGGACAUGGAUUUCAUAGCCGAUCUCGUCUAUUACAUUUGUGAAAGCGAACCGGAGGGUGCCAUUUUGGUCUUCCUGCCGGGCUACGAUAAAAUCUCGCAGCUAUACACACUGCUAGACAAACCAAAGAGCCCAAAGGGUCAAAGAUGGAGGGAUCACAUAGCAGUCUUUCCCUUACAUUCCCUAAUGCAAUCGGCCGAACAGCAGGCAGUGUUCAAGCGUCCACCGGCGGGAAAACGGAAGGUCAUCAUCUCCACGAUUAUAUCCGAGACUUCGGUGACCAUUGACGAUGUGGUCUAUGUGAUAAACUCUGGGCGCACGAAGGCCACCAACUAUGACAUCGAAACGAAUAUUCAGACGCUGGAGGAAGUGUGGGUAACCAAGGCCAAUACGCAGCAGCGGAAGGGGAGAGCAGGUCGAGUCCGACCAGGAGUAUGCUACAAUCUGUUUAGCCGAGCCAGGGAGAAUUUAAUGGCCGACAUUCCAACGCCGGAGAUUCUGCGCUCCAAGCUGGAAUCCAUAAUUUUGAGCCUGAAGCUGCUGCACAUCGACGAUCCGUACCGUUUCCUGCAAACCCUGAUUAAUGCCCCCAAUCCCGAGGCCAUUAAGAUUGGAGUGGAGCUGUUGAUGCGCAUUGAAGCUCUGGACAAGACGGGCACCCUCACUCCGCUGGGCAUGCACUUGGCCAAGCUGCCCAUCGAUCCGCAGAUGGGCAAAAUGAUACUGAUGUCGGCCCUUUUCUGCUGCUUGGAUCCCAUUACUUCGGCAGCGGCUGCCUUGUCGUUCAAGUCGCCCUUCUACUCGCCUCUGGGAAAAGAGAGUCAAGUGGACGAGAUCAAGCGGAGAAUGUCGCGCAGCAUGCGCAGUGACCACCUGUUGGUACACAACACCAUUAGUGCGUACCGGGAAAGUCGCUAUGCGCAUGCGGAACGCGACUUCUGCUACAAGAACUUCCUCAGCUCCAUGACACUGCAGCAGCUGGAGAGGAUGAAGAAUCAGUUCAGUGAACUUCUGUACAACUACAAAUUUCUCACGUCCUCGAACUGCAAGGAUACUACGUCCAACAUGAAUUCAGGAAAAAUUCCCUUGCUGAGGGCCAUUAUUGGAGCGGGUCUUUAUCCCAACAUGGCGCACUUGCGAAAAUCGAGACAGAUCAAGAACCGAGUGCGUGCUAUUCAUACCAUGGCCACGGACGAUGGACGCCGGGUGAACUUCCAUCCCUCCUCGGUGAACAGCGGCGAGAGUGGCUUUGAUUCGGCCUACUUUGUGUAUUUCCAGCGGCAAAAGUCCACCGAUCUGUUUCUGCUCGACUCCACAAUGGUCUUUCCCAUGGCCCUGAUUAUUUUCGGCGAUGGAGUGGAGGCAGGAGUAACCCAAAAUACACCGUAUUUAUGUGUGGCCAAGACUUACUACUUCAAAUGCAAUCAAGAAACUGCCGAGGUAGUGCUAGAACUGCGUAGCAAUCUGGAAAAGUUGCUGCUCAAAAAGGCCUUGUAUCCGGCUCCCAUAGAAGAAAACGGCUAUGAAAAGCAGUUGAUCAAAGCUAUUGAAUUGCUUCUAUCGUUAGACGAACGAUUGGGCGAGGACUACAUUUCCUCCGAUGAAAUUGACGACAUCUAACCUGCUUUUCAGUUUAUUGUUAAGCUCACAAAAGAAAUCAUCUUCGUGUGUAGUUCUUUUAGCAAAACAUGGUUUAUAAUAAAUUAUAAGUGCAAACUA